AUGAAAGCAAAUAAGCAAGCACAGUAUAGGAGAAACUGGGCAGCUGCAGAUCGGACUUUGAGACAAGCUGACUGUGAUACCGCACCUGCUGAACAAGAGGACAGUACGGAGUUGGUGGAACUUUCUUUUAAUUCAUCACCGCCGAACAGUGACACUGCAUCUGAACCAGACAUUCUGGAGCCUGUUCCAAAACAUGAGCGUACCUGUUCUGAUCAAAACUGUUCAAGUACUCAUAAUAGCAUUGACUUAGAUGAGAUAAGGCCUGAUCGCUAUAGCUCUUCUUCUUCUGACUCUGAAGAUGAUGAUGUUCUUGCUAAAGGUUUAGGAAACUGGGCCAACAAGUUUCUUAUCAAACACAAUGCACUAGACGGUCUACUUGUUCUUCUUAAGGAGAAUGGUCAUCCAAAUUUGCCCAUUACUGCACGUACCUUGCUGCAAACAGAAAGGAAUAUUACCAUUCAGAAAAAAUCUGGAAUGGAGUAUGUUUAUUUUCCACUAGCUGGUCAGUUGUUGAAGCACUUACAAAAAUACCCUCCAGAUGUUGUUGGUAGGACAAACUCUCUAGAGAUUUCACUGAAUGUGGAUGGUCUCCCAUUGUUCAAGAGUUCCAGCACAUCUUUAUGGCCAGUGUUAUGUGCCAUUGUUAAUGUCAAACCUGUGGUAGUUUUCCCUGUUGUGCUAACUUAUGGUCACUCAAAACCUAAGGAUUUGGAAUUUUUGGAAGAACUUAUUGGGGAUUUAGAUAAUGUUCUGGAGAAUGGGCUGCAAUGUGGUGGUCGGUUAGUUGAAGUUACUUUGAGAUGUGUUGUUUGUGAUGCUCCUGCAAGAGCUCUUGUAAAAGGCACAAAGUUGUGCUCGGGUUAUUUUGGGUGCGACAAAUGUGCACAAAAGGGCUUGUGGAUUGGAAGAGUGACAUAUCCUCUGGUGAAGGAUAUUGAAUUGCGUACAGAUCUUUCCUUUAGAGAAAAGGUUAAUGAAGGACAUCAUCACGGUACAAGUCCAUUUUGUAAUCUGCCAGUCGAUAUGGUUAAAAAAUUUCCAAUUGACUACAUGCAUCAACUGUGUUUAGGAGUCAUGAGGAAAUUAAUUUUGACCUGGAUGCGAGGAAAACGUGAAGUAAAAAUAUCAGCUGGUCAAGUGGAAACCAUUGGUAGUAAAUUGUUAGAUCUUAAGUCUUGCAUACCUAAUACAUUUGCACGAGAGCCAAGGGGUUUAGCUGAUGUUGACCGGUGGAAGGCAACUGAAUUUAGACAGUUUCUGUUAUACACUGGUAAGAUUGUUUUAAAUGGCAUCCUAAGACAAGAGCAAUUUGAACACUUUUUGUGUCUUAGUGUUGCUAGUUGUAUUUUGGUGUGCCCUAGGUUAGCCCAGUCGUAUAGAGACUAUGCUAAACAACUAAUGGAAUACUUUGUGGAGCAGGGGAAGAUUUUAUAUGGUGACGAGUUUUUGGUAUACAAUGUGCACAGCAUGGUUCAUUUGGCUGAUGAGGUGAAAGAGUUUGGUAGCUUGGAUGCAUGUAGUUCCUUCCCAUUCGAGAAUUACAUGCAAAAGUUAAAAAGACUUGUACGGUCGGGAAAUAAUCCUAUUGCACAGGUUGCAAAACGGAUGAGUGAGUGUUCUGGUGUCAUUGAACCUAUUCCUGAAGCUACAAUCAGCAUGAAGAAACCAGACAAUGCAUUUCUUUUAACUGAUUCAUCUUGUUGUGAAGUUGUGGAUAAAUCGGGCAACCUUGAUGGGGAUUAUAAUUACUAG